UGCUGCUCAGGCAGGUUCUUAUCUCUUUGUUACUGUGUGAUCAUUCAUUAAUUGAGAACGGAAAUGAAUAUCGAUUCCCCUUAACAAUUUGAUUAGUCAAUUGGAAAGAUUUUGGGGAGGGAUAUUUUUUCCUGAUUACUUAGCCGGCGGUGAUGAGUGCGUAAAAGCACUCCAAAGCACACUCGACAGCAGAAGACCUCCGUUACGCAUGAGCUGAAGCCACCGAGUUUCACGCGUGUCUCAAACCUUAACCUGUCCAAGAUGAAGGUAUCUUUUGGCGCUUUCGUUAUCGCAGCUGGCAUCUGCGGGAUGCUAAGCUUUGCCUUUUUGGCCACUUCCCUCGGCACCGAUUAUUGGUACAUUAUAGAAAUGAAUCCCAUGAAUGUCAGCGACUUUGAGAACAUGAGUUCCCACUCGGGACUGUGGAGCAUCAACGAAGGUGGGAAGAUGUACACGGGCUCUAUCGACUCGUUCACAGUUGACUACUCCGGGGUCUCCGAUACCGAGCUGCGCAUGCUGAACAUGCACAGUGCAAUUGUGGUGAUGCUUCCCCUCAGCCUGGUUCUGUUGCUCUUUGGAGGCAUCUGUGGAUUGGUCAGCUCCCUGGCUCGUAGCCCGAUCCUCCUCACCGGCACGGCGUCGUACUUCUUCAUCUGCAGUCUGCUGACUAUGUGCGGCGCCAGUCUCUACAUCAUUUACUCGAACCAGGCACUGGCUGAGACUGAGAGGCUGGUGGGUCAGGAGGGUCUGGCCUACAUUCACACGUCUUUCGGCUGGUCCUUCGGUCUAGCCUGGCUCUCCUACGGCCUGGAGCUCCUCACUGGAGUACUGUUGCUUACAGCUGCACAAAUGGCCAAGCUCCAGCACACCAGUCCCAUCAUGGCCUAACAUAAUCAGUGCAGUGGGCCUAUGGUGUUCUAGAUGAGAACUGAACUGUGUGUGAAUACUAGAGAAAGGAAAGGAUGACGAUGCGGUGUGAUUCUACCUUCACACAGACUCCAAAGGCUAUCAUAAAAAUUGAUGUGGAGCGAACUGUUUUAUGGAUCUAUUUUCCUUCAGUUUGGGCAGUUCUGACUUUCUGACGAUGAGGUCCAAGUAAGGAGGCGGAUUUAUACUGUCAAUUACAUUUGACCAAUGACGCCCUCUUGUGGUGGGGGUUGAAUUUGCACCUCAUACACGGAGUGUAUCUGUUGAUCAUACUGUUGUCCCAAACU